AUGUCUUUACCAAAUAUCGAUAUAAUUGAGAGUCUUAUUGAGAAGAAAAAUCUUUCUCAACAGACUUGUGAACCUCCAAUCGAUAUAAGCUCGUUCAACUUUACCGACUAUGAUUACCAACGAACCCAUGGAAUUUUCAGAGAUUUCAACCUCAAAGAAUAUUGCAAAAUUUUCUUUUCUCUUUUCGUCAUUUUGAUAUCAGUUAUUGGUAAUAUUGGAGUUUUGUUUUCAUCAACUUUUAAUCGUUCCAUUCGUCACACUAUACACAUUUAUCUAUCGAAUCUGGCCAUUGCCGACCUUUUCAUUUCCAUAUUUUGCAUGACUGUUUUCCUAAUCAAUAACCUAACGGACCCAUUGUUCAUUCUCGGACCAAUUGUGUGCAAGCUUAAUGCAUUCGUGCAAA